CCAGUCCCUGCUCGGCCCAGCCCCGGCCCGGCCCGCCCGGCCCCGCGCCUUAGUCUCCCUCCCUCCCUCCCGUUCCAGCCCGCUUGGGCUCCCACCUUCCCUGGCGGCGCGGCGCGGCGCGCGAUCGGCCGGACGGCGCGAGCAGCACGACUCCUGGGAGGGGGGAGACCGCGAGGGCCGGCCCACCCCCAAGUCGCCGGGGCGGGACCCCGAGGCCCCGGAGGGACCCCUGACUCCAGCCACGUCUCGCUCUGCGCCCCUCCAAGCCGCGGCUGCCAGGACGCCCCCCGCCCGCGCGGCAUAGCCGCGGGGCCACACCUGGGCGCAGCUGCCCGGUGCCCCGCAUGGCCCCGCGCUGAGCGCCGGGACCGAGAAGGCCCGUACGAGGAUUCGGUGUCGUACCUGCUCGCAGGCGGGAGGUUCAGACCUGGGGGGGCUAGCGCCCCCCAAACUCAGAUCAGAUCAAACUAAAGUGCGGCGGCGCCAUGGAGCUCCGGGCACUACUCUGCUGGGUUUCCCUCACCGCCGCUAUAGAAGAGACCCUGCUGAACACAAAAUUGGAAACUGCAGAUCUGAAGUGGGUGACAUACCCUCAGGUGGAAGGGCAGUGGGAGGAACUGAGCGGCCUGGAUGAGGAGCAGCACAGCGUGAGGACGUAUGAGGUGUGUGACGUGCAGCGGGCCCCCGGUGUGGCCCACUGGCUGCGCACCGGCUGGGUCCCCCGGCGUGGCGCCGUUCAUGUGUACGCCACACUGCGCUUCACCAUGCUCGAGUGCCUCUCUCUGCCGCUGGCCGGGCGCACCUGCAAGGAGACCUUCACUGUCUUCUACUAUGAGAGUGAUGCUGAUACGGCCACGGCCCAGACGCCAUCCUGGAUGGAGAACCCCUACAUCAAGGUGGACACAGUGGCUGCGGAACAUCUGACCCGGAAGCGCCCUGGGACCGAGGCCACAGGGAAGGUAAACGUCAAGACACUGCGCUUGGGCCCCCUCACCAAGGCUGGCUUCUACUUGGCCUUCCAGGACCAGGGCGCCUGCAUGGCCCUGCUGUCCCUACACCUCUUCUACAAGAAGUGCGCCCAGCUGACCCAGAACCUGACCCACUUCCCGGAGACCGUGCCUCGUGAGCUGGUGGUGCCCGUGGCAGGGAGCUGCGUGGCCAAUGCAGUAUCCACCCCGGGUCCCAGCCCCAGCCUCUACUGCCGGGAGGAUGGCCAGUGGGCUGACCAGCUGGUCACUGGCUGCAGUUGUGCCGCAGGGUUCGAGGCCACCGAGGGCAACGCCAGGUGCCGAGCCUGCCCUCAGGGCACCUUCAAGGCCCUCGCAGGGGAAGGGUCCUGCCAGCCCUGCCCAGCCAACAGCCACUCCAACACCAUCAGCUCAUCCAUCUGCCUGUGUCGCAUCGGAUACUUCCGGGCCCACACAGACCCCAAGGGCGCACCCUGUACCACCCCUCCCUCUGCACCUCGAAGCGUGAUUCCCCACCUCAACGGCUCCUCCCUUCUCCUGGAGUGGAGCGCCCCCCUGGAGUCAGGGGGCCGUGAGGACCUCACCUACGCACUCCGCUGCCAGGAGUGCCGACCUGGGGGUUCCUGCACGCCUUGUGGAGGAGACCUGACCUUCGACCCCGGUCCCCGGGACCUGGUGGAGCCAAGGGUGGCAGUUAAGGGGUUGCGACCUGACUUCACCUAUACCUUCGAAGUCGCUGCCUUGAACGGAGUUUCUGCCUUGGCUUCAGGACCUGUACCCUUUGAGCCUGUCAAUGUCACCACCGACCGGGAGGUGCCUCCCCCAGUGUCUGACAUCCGGGUGACACGAUCAUCACCCAGCAGCUUGAGCCUGUCAUGGACUGUCCCCCGGGCACCCGGUGGGGUGGUCCUGGACUAUGAGGUCAAGUACUAUGAGAAGGGUGCAGAGGGCCCCAGCAGCAUGCGCUUCCUGAAGACAUCCGAAAACCGGGCAGAGCUGCGGGGGCUGAAGCGGGGAGCGAGCUACCUGGUCCAGGUGCGGGCGCGCUCCGAGGCUGGCUACGGGCCCUUUGGCCAAGAGCAUCACAGCCAGACCCAGCUGGAUGAGGGUGAGAGCUGGCGGGAGCAGCUGGCCCUGAUCGCAGGCACCGCGGUGGUGGGUGUGGUGUUGGUCCUGGUGGUCAUCGUCAUCGCUGUCAUCUGCCUCAGGAAGCAGAGCAGCGGGAGAGAAGCCGAGUACUCGGACAAGCAUGGACAGUACCUCAUUGGGCAUGGUACUAAGGUCUAUAUUGACCCCUUCACAUACGAAGAUCCUAAUGAGGCUGUGAGGGAAUUUGCCAAAGAAAUCGAUGUUUCCUACGUCAAGAUCGAGGAGGUGAUUGGCGCAGGUGAGUUUGGUGAGGUGUGCCGGGGGCGCCUCAAGGCCCCAGGGAAGAAGGAGAGCUGUGUGGCCAUCAAGACCCUCAAGGGCGGCUACACAGAGCGGCAGCGGCGUGAGUUCCUGAGCGAGGCGUCCAUCAUGGGCCAGUUUGAGCACCCCAACAUCAUCCGCCUGGAGGGCGUGGUCACCAACAGUGUGCCUGUCAUGAUCCUCACCGAGUUUAUGGAGAACGGUGCCCUGGACUCCUUCCUGCGGCUGAACGACGGACAGUUCACCGUCAUCCAGCUGGUGGGCAUGUUGCGGGGCAUUGCCUCGGGCAUGCGGUACCUCGCUGAGAUGAGCUACGUCCACCGAGACCUGGCUGCCCGCAACAUCCUGGUCAACAGCAACCUUGUGUGCAAGGUCUCGGACUUCGGCCUUUCCCGGUUCCUGGAGGAGAACUCCUCUGAUCCCACCUACACAAGCUCUCUGGGAGGAAAGAUUCCCAUCCGAUGGACAGCCCCCGAGGCCAUUGCCUUCCGGAAGUUCACAUCAGCCAGUGAUGCGUGGAGCUAUGGGAUCGUGAUGUGGGAGGUCAUGUCAUUUGGGGAACGGCCAUACUGGGAUAUGAGUAAUCAGGACGUGAUCAAUGCCAUCGAACAGGACUACCGGCUCCCCCCACCCCCCGACUGCCCCACCUCCCUGCACCAGCUCAUGCUGGACUGUUGGCAGAAGGACCGGAAUGCCCGGCCCCGCUUCCCCCAAGUGGUCAGUGCCCUCGACAAGAUGAUCCGGAACCCUGCCAGCCUCAAAAUCGUGGCCAGGGAGAAUGGCGGGGCUUCACACCCACUCCUGGAUCAGCGGCAGCCCCACUACUCCGCUUUCGGCUCGGUGGGCGAGUGGCUUCGGGCCAUCAAGAUGGGCAGAUACGAAGAAAGUUUUGCAGCUGCUGGGUUUGCCUCCUUUGAACUGGUCAGCCAGAUCUCCACUGAGGACCUGCUCCGAAUUGGAGUCACCCUGGCAGGACACCAGAAGAAAAUCCUGGCCAGUGUCCAACACAUGAAAUCCCAGGCCAAGCCUGGAGCCCCAGGCGGGCCAGGAGCACCAAGCCCUCAGUAUUGACCAGUGC